AAGAGGAACAGGUGCGAGUGCGAGUGGUGGUGCAGGUGUGGGUGCGGGAACGGAAGCAGCAGCCGAGAAGAGAAAGGAAACGUACGCGGGAGAGCCGUCGAGGGUGCGUUUUCGUGUGUUGCCGCAGGGGCGGAGGGGAGGGAGACUCGAAAGGGAGGAAAAACGACCACGUCGACGACGACGACAACGAGGAGAAAGAAGGAGAGGAGGAGAGGUGCUGGAGGAAGACGAGGAAGAAGAAAAGGAAGGAAGUGGAUGGUUUUCGUUUGUACCUUUGUCGCGAUCGACAUCUAAAGAGAGAGUUUUAGAGUUUAGGAGAGAGGACACAAGGCGUUUAUAUACCACCUCUCUUCUCUCUCUCUCUCUCUCUCUGUCUCUCCCUCUCUCCGAGUCUCUGUGUGAGCGAUCGUUUGUUACGCGAACGACCAGUGAAGAGGAAGAAAACGAUAAGAACACCGGCUGUGUUUUGCCAGCCGAUCGCUCGAUCGAAAGAAGAAAGAAUACCCGAAGACGAGAAAGGAUAUCGAAGGGAAGAGGUGGUAUGUGGUGAUAUCUUCUCUUUUUUUUUCCACCUUUUUUUUCUCUCCUUGGUUCUUUCUCCCGUUCGUUUCGCAUCUGGCAAAGGGUUACACUGUGCGUUCUACGUGGAGACGAAGCUUUUCGUCGAGUGUUGUGCGCUUUUUCAAAGUGGUGCCUAAGCACGAAGAGGGAAUCGCCAGCAGGGCAGAGGCUCGAACGCAUGUAGGAACAUGGCCGCAACCAGCCCCUGCCUCCCUCUAGAGGUUGGCAGCGCAAGAGGCGGCACAAAGGGACCCUGGAUACGCGAGUCAGUACAGGAGAAGGCCGAGGUUGGCCGGACUGAGUGGUCUCGGUGACUGGACUAGCUUUGGAGGGGAGGUACCUGGUCUGGUGGACAUGGCGCCAGGCCGGGAUCAGGGCGGAGGGGCGGGUGGCGGUGGGGGAGGCGGCAAGGGCACCACCUCGUUGUUCAUCCUGUCGGAGGAUAACUGCAUCAGGAAGCACACACGCUUCAUAAUCGAGUGGCCGCCCUUCGAGUACGCCGUCCUGCUCACCAUCAUCGCCAAUUGCGUGGUCCUCGCCCUCGAGGAGCACCUGCCAAAGCAGGACAAGACCAUACUCGCACAGAAGCUCGAGGCCACGGAAAUCUACUUCCUCGGCAUCUUCUGCGUCGAGGCGAGCCUCAAGAUCCUCGCCCUUGGCUUCGUCCUCCACCGUGGCUCUUAUCUGCGCAACAUCUGGAACAUCAUGGAUUUCUUCGUCGUGGUGACCGGGUUCAUCACGGCGUUCUCGCAGGGCAUAGAACUGGAUAUGGAUCUGCGCACGUUGCGUGCGAUACGCGUGUUGCGACCGCUCAAACUUGUCUCCGGCAUACCGAGUCUCCAGGUGGUGCUCAAGUCCAUCAUCAAGGCGAUGGCGCCGCUUCUGCAGAUCGGCUUGCUGGUGCUGUUCGCCAUCGUGAUAUUCGCCAUCAUCGGUCUCGAAUUUUAUUCGGGAACGUUGCAUAAAACGUGUUACAGCAUCAGGAAUAUCAAUAUAAUCGUGAAGGAGGGCGAACAGGCGAGUCCGUGUAACACGGACAACAAAUCCGAGGCGCCUUUCGGGGCGCACGUGUGCGACGCGAAUGUCUCGACGUGCAUGGAUCACUGGGAGGGACCAAAUUUCGGCAUCACCAGCUUCGACAACAUCGGAUUCGCCAUGCUCACUGUCUUCCAGUGCAUCACUAUGGAGGGCUGGACUGCCAUAUUGUACUGGACAAACGACGCUCUUGGCAGCACGUACAACUGGAUUUACUUUAUACCAUUGAUCGUCCUUGGCUCAUUCUUCAUGCUGAACUUAGUUCUUGGUGUCUUGAGCGGAGAGUUUGCAAAGGAGAGAGAGAAGGUGGAGAACCGGCAGUCCUUCCUGAAAUUGCGAAGACAGCAGCAGCUCGACCGUGAACUGAACUGUUACCUGGAUUGGAUCUGCAAAGCAGAGGAGGUAAUACUGGCGGAAGAAAGGACCACGGAAGAGGAGAAAAUGCACAUAUUAGAAGUAAGAAGAAGAGCCGCGGCGAAAAAGAAGAAGCUAAAGAACCUUGGCAAAAGCAAAAGCACGGAUACAGAGGAAGAGGAAGGCGAUGAUGACCAGGAUGAUAGACUCUCUAGAUCUUCCUAUUUCAAAUCGAGGGAAAAGGAAGAGGGGACUUGCGUGCAAUUUUGGCGGGCAGAAAAGAGAUUCAGAUUUUGGAUACGAAGCUCGGUGAAAUCGCAAAAGUUUUACUGGUUCGUCAUCGUUCUUGUGUUCUUCAACACCGUCUGCGUGGCCGUGGAACAUUAUGGUCAGCCUCCGUGGCUUACCGAUUUCCUCUAUUACGCGGAAUUCGUGUUCCUGGCCCUGUUCAUGCUGGAGAUGUUCAUAAAGGUGUACGCUCUCGGUCCUCGCACCUAUUUCGAGUCGAGUUUCAAUCGUUUCGACUGCGUGGUCAUCUCGGGAUCGAUCUUCGAAGUGAUCUGGUCCGAGGUGAAGUCCGGCUCUUUCGGCCUCUCCGUCCUACGUGCCCUUAGACUCCUGCGAAUUUUUAAGGUCACCAAAUACUGGAAGAGCCUGAGGAACCUCGUAAUAUCGCUGCUCAGCUCGAUGCGUAGCAUCAUCUCCUUGCUCUUCCUGCUCUUCCUCUUCAUUCUCAUAUUCGCGCUGCUCGGUAUGCAGCUGUUUGGCGGUCAGUUCAACUUCGAAUACGGCACACCGCCCACUAACUUCAACACCUUUCCCAUCGCGCUGCUCACUGUCUUCCAAAUCCUGACCGGAGAAGAUUGGAACGAAGUGAUGUACCAGGGUAUCGAGUCGCAAGGCGGUCACAAAAAGGGCAUGAUCUAUUCGCUCUACUUCAUCGUGCUGGUGUUAUUCGGCAACUACACGCUGCUGAACGUGUUCUUGGCUAUCGCCGUCGACAAUCUGGCGAACGCGCAAGAAUUGAGCGCCGCCGAGGAGGAAGAAAAGACCGAGGACAAGGAGAAGCAGACGCAGGAACUCGAGAAAGAGAUCGAGUCCUUACAAAAACCGAAAGACGGUAGCGCGCCGAAGGUAGAGAUCUGCCCUCCGAGUCCGACUCAGAAUUUCAAAGACGGAAAGGGUGGGAAACAGUCAUCCGAAGAGAAGAAGCAGGAUGAAGACGAUGACACGGGACCAAAACCAAUGCUGCCAUACUCCUCCAUGUUUAUACUGUCCCCUACGAAUCCCGUAAGAAGAGCCGCCCAUUGGGUCGUGAACCUGAGGUACUUCGACUUCUUCAUAAUGGUGGUGAUAUCGUUGUCGAGUAUCGCGUUGGCCGCCGAGGAUCCCGUAUGGGAGGACUCGCCGAGGAACGAGGUGCUGAAUUACUUCGAUUACGCGUUCACCGGUGUCUUCACCGUCGAGAUGAUCUUGAAGAUCAUCGAUCUCGGCAUCAUACUUCAUCCAGGCUCGUACCUACGCGAAUUCUGGAACAUUAUGGACGCGGUGGUUGUGAUAUGCGCCGCGGUAUCGUUCGCGUUCGAUAUGACCGGUAGUUCCGCCGGACAGAAUCUAUCGACGAUCAAGUCGUUGAGAGUGUUGCGUGUAUUGAGACCUUUGAAGACGAUCAAAAGGGUGCCGAAAUUGAAGGCGGUGUUCGACUGUGUCGUGAACAGUCUGAAAAACGUCAUUAACAUUCUCAUAGUGUACAUAUUGUUCCAAUUCAUAUUCGCUGUGAUCGCGGUGCAGCUGUUCAACGGCAGGUUCUUCUACUGCAGCGACGAGAGCAAAUACACGGAAGAGGAUUGUCAGGGUCAAUAUUUCGUUUUCGAAGAGGGUGCUAUGCUGCCAGAGCCAAAGAAACGGCAGUGGGAGUCCCAGUGUUUUCACUACGACAACGUGAUGGCCGCGAUGCUGACGUUGUUCGCGGUACAGACCGGCGAGGGAUGGCCGCAGAUCCUGCAGAAUUCGAUGGCGGCCACGUACGAGGACAAAGGCCCCAUACAAAAUUUUCGUAUAGAGAUGUCCAUUUUCUACAUCGUCUACUUCAUCGUAUUUCCAUUCUUCUUCGUCAACAUCUUCGUGGCCUUGAUUAUCAUCACAUUCCAGGAGCAAGGAGAAGCUGAAUUGCAAGACGGCGAAAUCGAUAAAAAUCAGAAAUCUUGUAUAGACUUCACGAUACAAGCUCGUCCUCUGGAGAGGUACAUGCCGAAGGAACGGAACAGCGUUAAGUACAAAAUCUGGAGGAUAGUGGUAUCGACGCCGUUCGAAUAUUUCAUUAUGGGUCUCAUCGUAUUAAACACAGUGCUACUCAUGAUGAAGUUCCAUCGGCAAAGCGACGCGUACAAGAAUACGCUGAAGUACAUGAACAUGUGCUUCACGGGGAUGUUCACCGUCGAGUGCAUACUGAAGAUCGCCGCUUUCGGCGUGAGGAACUUCUUCAAAGACGCGUGGAACACGUUCGACUUCAUCACGGUGAUCGGCAGCAUCGUGGAUGCCCUGGUGAUCGAGUUCGGGGAGCGGUUUUCGAGUAUGCCCAGUGGCGGUCAACUAGGCGAGAAAAAGGAGAACUUCAUCAACGUCGGCUUCCUAAGACUGUUCCGUGCCGCCAGGUUGAUCAAACUGCUCAGGCAGGGAUACACGAUACGAAUUUUACUCUGGACCUUUGUACAAUCCUUCAAAGCUCUGCCUUACGUCUGCCUCCUCAUAGCGAUGCUGUUUUUCAUCUACGCGAUCAUCGGUAUGCAGGUGUUCGGUAACAUCGCGCUGGACGCCGACACUUCGAUUACCAAGCACAACAAUUUCCAAAGCUUCAUUCAAGGUCUGAUGUUGCUUUUUCGGUGCGCGACCGGUGAGGCCUGGCCGAACAUCAUGUUGUCCUGCAUCAAAGGUCGGCCCUGCGACAUAAAGGCCGACAAACAAGAACCAGGAGGCUGCGGUUCGAACAUCGCCUACGCCUACUUCGUCUCGUUCAUCUUCUUUUGUUCCUUCCUCAUGCUGAACUUGUUCGUCGCCGUAAUCAUGGACAAUUUCGAUUAUCUAACGAGAGAUUCGUCGAUCUUGGGCGCUCAUCAUCUGGACGAAUUCGUGCGGAUCUGGGCCGAGUACGAUCCGAACGCGACCGGGAAGAUCCAUUACACCGAGAUGUACGACAUGCUGAAGAACAUGGAUCCGCCAUUGGGGUUUGGUAACAAGUGUCCGAACAGACUCGCCUAUAAGAAGCUGAUCAGGAUGAACAUGCCGGUGGACGUCGACGGGAAGGUGAACUUCACCACCACCCUGUUCGCCCUGAUUCGCGAGAAUCUUAGCAUCAAGAUGAGAUGCGCCGACGAGAUGAAACAAGCGAACGAGGAACUUAGAGACACGAUCAGAAGUAUUUGGCCUUUGCAGGCGAAAAAGAUGUUGGACAUUUUGAUACCUAGCAACGAAGAAUUAGGCAGAGAUAAGAUGACCGUUGGUAAGAUAUACGUCUGCCUUCUGAUACUCGAAAGUUGGAGGACGACUAAGUUUGGUCAAAUAAAACCGACCGGACAGAACGAUAACGAUCUUAUCGAUAACGAUAAUGCUGGGCAAAGUCCUGCAGCCCAGGCGAAAUCGGCCUUCCUCGACUGCAUACUGGACGCGACGGCGGUAAAUCAUACCGGAAAUAAUCACGGGAUCGGAAGUAGGGCGAACAGCCUGGAGCCGGUGGUACGGCCAACGCCGGAAACGAAGCUCGAUCUGCACAAGGAACACAUGGAGGAAGACGACGGGGCCCUUGGGGUCCUCGCAGCCGGCGAGCACAGACGUCAACGUAGCAUCAGAAAUAAAAAGGUGAACUGGAAGAUGUCCCACCAGUACGAUAUACUAGGCAGCAGCGGAGAGAGUAGCCAGGGAGGGGGUGGGUCUGGGGUUGUACCUGUAGUUAAUGACGAGGAUCGCGCCCCCGAGCUAGAGCCAUUGCUGGCUGAGGUGCCCUCCCAGCAGGAUCAAAACUACUACUACCACCAUCACCAUCACGACCAAUACUACGAUACCGACAAUGAUCUAUACUAUGACCAUCACCACCACCACCACCACCAUCACCAUCACCAUCAUCAUCAUGCUCACCGACCACCCUCGUAUUAUCAACACCAGAAUACCUACGCACCUCGCUCCUCGAUCCGUUACCACAAGAUGGAGCUUCAGGACGUCGUAGUUAGCGACUCCCGUGCCGGUAGCCUAGAGAGUCUCACCCACGCUGGCGAGAGACUUCAUCCACCCGUGCAUCCAGUCAGACACCCAUCGCGUUCACCGAGUCUAAGGAGACACGGAUCACCAGUCGUACACGGGUCGCAAUCGCCAAGGCGACCAAGGUACGACCAUCACAGUCAUUAUUACCACGAAGGACCAGGAUUCAGCGACACGGUUAGCAACGUCGUCGAGAUUCAGAGACACACGCAUCAUCCCCAUUCGUCACAGUACAAUCAUCGGCACAGGAUUCGAGACUAUUACGACCACUGCGACUAUUACGACGAUGGUCCGUGGAGCGCUUCGACCAGUCCAGCGAGGACACCGAGUCCCAUUCAUCACAUCGACAGAGGACGUGCCUAUGGAACGACCAGUCUUGAGCAACGCUCGAGAAGUCCAAGUCCUAUCGGUGGUCGUCAACCUGCCCAUCCGCACCAGCAUUAUCAUCGACAUCAUCCUCAUCAGCACAGUUAUCCGGUGUUGGUGACCAGACGAGUACCGGGUCGCCAAUUGCCACCUACGCCUGACAAACCGUCGACUCUGCAACUGAAGAAACAGGCGAACAUCAACUUUCCAAAGUUGAACGCCUCGCCGACCCACGGCCCUCACAUGCCGGCUGCACACGUGCCGUUACCGGCCACCAUGCAGCAUCCGCCUCCAGGACACGUGCCACCGAUGCAACCGAGCCACUAUCCUUUAAGCUUCGAGCAAGCUGUGGCUAUGGGUCGCGGUGGUCGUCUUCUCCCGAGUCCUGUACCCAACGGUUACAAGCCUCAACCGCAGGCUAAACAGAGGACACCCAGGUCGAGACACUCGGACAGUGACGAAGAUGACUGGUGCUAGCCAAAGUGGGACCCUGGACGGUGGUCCGGUGACGUGGACGCCCCCAGGCGUCUUUGGGUUUGCGCGUGAAUCUUCCGUGUACCGGAAAGCGCAUUAAUCUAGCCGCGAUUACGUGAACGAAGAUCGAUCGACUGGAAGCUCCGAGAAGCCGAUCGAUGCGUUUGCUCGAGGAAUACUCGUACAACGUGAGUUGGAACACGGCCAGUUACGAUUUCACGGCAAACGAGAAACGGAAGGAUGAAACGAAAGCGAAACGAACGAAGAAGACUCGAUGUCUCUACGGUGGUGAAGAAGCAGAAGAAGAGGAUGAAGAACAGAGAUACUAAGCGACUGAAAAGGGAAGCUACAUCGGAUAAUCGUUACAGGGACAAACGAAACAACGUACUAUAACGAACGAUCGUCGAGGCAACAAUCCAAGUGAGUGGGUGCCACGAAACGACGAUCCCCGAUCCUCGAACGUAAACGUAUGAAAAUUUAGAAUCUUUUUCAGCCGCCCAAAUCGUGCGGCAAUUCUCGCGUAUAAAGUCCCAAGUGUCGUCUACACACACGCCAGAUGCUACGGAACUUUCCUCUCGAUCUUCGCGCGAGACUUUUCUUUCGUCUAUACGAACUUCGAAGCUUCCUUCGCUGUGUGUUGUUCAAUCGACGGACCGAGCCGAGGAGGAUUCACUUUUUAUACGAUUAUACCAAAUUGAAACCACUCUGAAAAACGGUCGAGCGUGUACGCUUACAAAUCCGUUUUCACGCUAUCAAAUUUUUCACGCUCUUAGAGAAGUCUGUCGGUUGCGCGCGAACCAGCCCUCAUAACCGUUCGAGAACAGCAACGAGAAAACCACCGUCACACGUUGGAAACCACGAAGUAUAUAUACCCUCUUUCGAACAGUCUCGUCUUGAUUUCUCUUCAAAGCUGCCUCGAACCACGUCGGACACGAUUCGUCGUCGAAGUUACAGGUAUAGACAGACAGUGAUCAAUAGCGUUUCGUGUUUAAAGAAAUUGCAAAGAAAACGAAGACACCGAGCCUAUGCUCGAUUAUCAUUCCUCGAGGGUUUGUACAAGAAUCGUAGCUAUCGACGACUGGUUGCGUUUUAAUAACUCCGAUUUUUGUAUCGGUCUAACGUUGUCUCUUUGCUUUUUUCUUUCACGAACGUUCAUCGCCUUCGAAGUAAAGCGAACGCGCGAUUCGAGAGGCGUAACUUUGUCUCGUAGCUGGAAGGUUGAAAACAUUGAACGAUACAUCGAACUAAAUAAAAUACGUACGUAGAAAUUUUUACCUAAAUCGCCAAGGUUUAUCAGUCCUCUGAUCGCGUCGGGGAGGAAGGCGAACGAUCGCGGUGUCGUUGUUCCGGGAGAGAACUGUCGCAGCUCGGUGCCAACGAGAAAUCGAGGAGGACGAGCCGAAAAGAGGUGGAGGAACGAAAGGGUUCAAGUGCAAUGCCGCGACGAAUAAUGGGAGGGCAGAAAAAGGAAAGAGAUAUAAAAUCCAUCAGCACUUGUAUAUUAUCGCAUAAUUUUGACUCGAAACGUUUACCAUCGCUGCUACUACCGUUUACUAUCACCUACCACCUACGUGAAAGAACUGUUCCACUACUAUUGUUACCGCUACUAACUUAUAACUACGGCUACUACUACUACUAAUUACUAAUACCACCACUAUUACCGCUAUUACUAUUACUAAUACAAUUUACUACCAGUCGAUACUACCGCUACACUACUAUUACUACUAUUUACUACUACAACUACUACUACCAUUGUUACUAUUACUAUUACCACUACCAAACACCACAACCACAACCACUACCAUUAUCAUUGCCACUACUGUCACCACCAUCGUCUCUACUAUCGCUGCUGCUGCUACUAUUACUAACUACUACUACUGUUACUA